GAAGUGCACCCCCGUAAAACGGAAGUGGGAGCUGUAAUCUAGUGUUGCGAUGGCGUCUGCGGAUCUGAGGAAGGAGCUGGACUGUUCCAUCUGUCUGAACAUCUAUACGGAUCCCGUGACUCUACGCUGCGGACACAACUUCUGCCGGGUGUGUAUCGAUGGCGUGCUGGAUUUGCAGCUAGGGAGCGCGCAUUAUGCGUGCCCCGAGUGCAGGAAACGGUUCCGGAGCCGCCCCGCGCUGCAGAAAAACAUAACGCUGUGUAACAUAGUGGAGAGUUUCCGUUCUUCCCACCCGGAGCAGAAGGAGAGCGGGAUCUCCUGUACUUACUGCAUCCACGCCUCUGUCCCGGCUGUGAAAUCCUGCCUGCUGUGCGAAGCUUCUCUGUGUGACAACCACCUGAAUGUCCACAGCAAGUCCCCAGAACACGUCCUAUCGGACCCCACCGCUUCCCCGGACGACAGGAAGUGCUCCGUCCAUAAGAAGGUCCUGGUGUACUACUGCACCGAGGACGCCGCCUGCAUCUGCGUGUCCUGCUGCCUGAUCGGGGAGCACAAAGGCCACCAAAUCGAAUCCCUCGAAGAGGCCGCCGAAAAGAAGAAGAAGCUGAUGCGAAACGCGAUUCAUAAACUGGGGACGAAGCGGCGGAAGACCGAGAAGAGAGUCCAAAGCCUGCAGGAGCGCAAGAGGAAAGCGCAAGGCAAAGCGUCCGGAGAAACGGAAAGAGUCACCGCCCUGUUCAGAGACCUCCGGAGACAGCUGGAAGAGCUGGAGAUGAGAGUCCGGGGGGAGAUCUCCGGGCAGGCCGAGCGGGUCUCAUGCUCCGUCUCCGAUCUGAUCCAGCAGCUGGAGGUACAGAAGGACGAGCUGUGCAGAAGGAUGCGUCAGAUGGAGGAGCUGUGCGACGCGACGGAUCCACUGGCUGUCCUACAGGAACCGGUCCACGGGGGUUGGUUUGAGGAGGAGGGAGAUGAGGAUGUCGAGAGACAAAAUAAAUUCCUCCUAACCGCCGGCGAUCUGGACGUGGCGCUGAUCUCUCACACGCUGCACGCCGGCUUGUCGGAUAUAAUAUCGGGGAUUAAUGGGGCGAGCUACAUGCAGGAAAUCGCAGAGAUACUACUGGAUGUGAACACCGCCGGCUAUUACCUGCACAUAUCAGAUGACCAGAAGACCGUAUCCUGGUCCGACAUCAGCCAGAACCGCCCGGAAGUCCCGGAGCGCUUCCAGUACGCCCCUCAGGUGCUCAGCAGCCGCGGCUUCUCCGCCGGGCGACAUUACUGGGACGCGGACGUCAGCGGCUCCGACGAAUGGCGGGUGGGGAUGUGUUACCCCAGCAUGGAGAGGAAAGGAAUAAAAAGCCAGUCGGUGAUCGGAAGCAACAACAAAUCCUGGUGCUUGCACAGGACCGCGGAUCAGUAUUUGGUGGUUCACGACGGGAAUAAGACCCAGCUGGCUGACAGCAACUCUGUGGAACGCGUCAGGAUAUAUCUGGACUACGAGGCCGGGCAAAUCUCCUUUUACGAUCUGCGCGACCCGAUCCGACACCUCCACACCUUCGCCGCCACCUUCACCGAGCCCCUCCUGGUUGCAUUACGUGUGUGGGAAGGUUGUAUACGGAUAUCCGGGGGGAAACAGGAGAUGUGAGACAACGCAAGGAUCUGACUGGG